UGUGUUGUCUUCUGCUCAGUAAUAUAAAAGGGAACAAAAUGUCUUCCAGACUAGUUACAUUCCUUUGUUUACUCCUUACAUCCCUCGAGGUGAUAUCCGCCAUGGGUGGUUCCGAUGCGAAAGACUCUCCGGCGGAAUCACCCUCAGAGAAGUUCAAGUUUUUGUAUUUCGGCUCCAUCAUUGGCGGCAGUCACUAUUCGGCCCUCUGCAAGUCAGGCAGGGAAUUGGUGAGACGACACGGCCACAAGGUUGUCUCCCUGAUCAGCAGUUCCAACACCAUCGACUGGCAAAAAGACGGUGAUCUCUUCUCGUUCGUGGUCUUCAGCUCGUCCUACACCAAACGCGACAGGGCAGAGGUGAUGGAGAGCGUCUCCGCCGUGCUCGUGACGGGUGCCCUUGCGCCUGUCUUUGGCCCGGUUAUCUCGGGUGUGUGGAAUGACCUGUCUGGCGUUGCAGAGAUGUGGCUGCGUGAGUGCGACGUUCUGCUGGGCGAUGCGAAGACCAUGGACAUACUCCGUGAAGAGAGAUUCGACAUGCUGGUUGCUGACGACACCGUACCCUGCAGCCCGCUACUGGCACAGGCUUUGGAAAUCCCGUUUGUCUUAAACAGUUUUAUGUCCGUGGUGCCUACAAAACACGGUCCGUGGACUGGUUUACCAAUUGACCCUUCCUACAUCCCAGAGCGCUCCCUUGGUUUCACGGACAGAAUGACAUUCUUCCAGCGAGUCCAAAACGUCCUAGCCCACACCUACUACGGGUUUUAUCAUUAUCGUCUGGGCCUGGCUAACUUCGAUAGUUACGAUGCACUGAAAAUCAAGUACAACAUCAGGCCGGACAUCAGCACCUUCGAGUCGCACAAGCAGGCGUUGCUGCUGCUGUUGCACGGAAGCUUCGCUCUGGAGUUCCCCCGUCCCCUGCUGCCCAACACCGUCCAUGUACUCCACACUCCCGGACUCAGCUCCAAUCAGACGAUCGAAGACGACGUCGCGGAGUUUCUAGGUGCAGCCACCGACGGCAUCGUUCUCUUCUCCUUCGGAACCUUUGCUCGUUCUAUGCGAAGCGAACAGGCACAGAUGUUUGCUGACGGCUUCGCCAUGCUACCGUAUCGGGUUCUCUGGCAGACCAGUACGCCACCGAAGCUGCAGCUGGGGCAAAACACCAAACUUGUAAAGUGGCUGCCUCUACCAACAGUUAUGGAACACCCCAGCGUCAAGGUAUUUGUGAGUCAAUGCGGUGCCUACGGUACGUACGAGGCGAUGUGGGCCGGACUGCCCUUGGUGGGCAUACCGCUGCAGGAAGAUCAGAUGGGCAACAUUGACCGGAUAGUGAACCGUGGAGCCGGGUUAUCGCUCGAUAUCACCACCUUGACACCCGAGAUUUUGAGCCAAGCCAUCCACGAGGUCGUCAGUGAACCAAAGUAUCGUGAAAAUGCCCGGCGCGUCUCUCUGAUUCUACGGGACCUUCAGACCUCCUCUCCCCCUGUGGAGACGGCAGCCCAGUGGAUCCUACACGUUACCAAGUUCGGCGGUGAACACCUGCGACCGGCCAUCCAUGACCUCAGUUACAUCCAGAGGAAUCUUCUAGACGUCUACCUCUUUCUGUUUGUGGUCUCAGCUUCAAUGAUGGCGCUAGUCAUAACUUCGUGUUAUUGCUGCUGUUGCAAGCGCACGCGUCGAAAUGGCAGUAAAGACCACGUAAAACACGAAUAGGGACAAAUUGCAGGAAUUUUUUCAGAUACUUUUUUUUAGAUACGUGUACCCAAAAUUCAAUUUUAGUUUUAACCGAAACUUUUUUUGGAGUCUGCUCAACCUCGUCCCAAGGGAGUACUUUAUUUUCAACCACGUUUUCAAUAGCGAGAGAGCAAGUAGUGUGGGCGUACUGCUCGACACCAUGGGAACGAGGUUGGGUCCUGUUACAUUGGGCUGAACGGAAGAGUGUUUUGCUGCAUUAAAAUGUAAUUUCUGUUUCAAUAUUCAAUAAUUUUGAAAGCAUACUUUCAAAGCAUUGUGUUGGAUAGUAUACCGUCUUAUACUAGUAAAUGUAUAGCCUAUAUGAAAUGUACUACAUGUAACCUACUGAUUUCAUAUCCCCGCGACUUUGUAAACGUGGAGAUGAAUGGUCACUAGUGCCCUGUGAUUAGCAAUCUUGAAAAACAAAAUUCGUUGCUGCACACGUUAGCAUUUGUUCAUGAUCGAUGUCGUCACUGUGUACAUGUGUUGCCAUUAGGAUCAUGCGCAUUUAGCCAGUUUUUGCCAAAUUCUUAGGUUUUAUUAGAUCUGUACUUGUAUUAUUGCAAAGGUGUGGUAACUUGCCCUCGCUGGCUACAUUUUGCCAUUUAUGAAGCCCAACAGCUAGGGUGUACUCCUGCAGUAUAAAAAUUCCCAUAGACACCAGUGCUACUCUGUAUGCACGACGAUGGACUCUGUAUGCACGACGAUCCUACUCGUAGCCCAUUAUUAAUUAUUAAUAUUAUUUUUUAACUUUUUCACAACUUUGCUAACUACGGUAAUUGGUCUUUGUUUUUAUCUUUUUUUUCCUGUUAUUAUUCGUCUGUUUUGUGUAAUGGCAUGCCUGAUACAAGCUAUGCUUUUAAGGUUUUGCCACCUCUAGUGGCCUUUAUAUGUUUAAGUACUUAUAUUACUUUUUCAUUUCUGUCAUGAAGAGGAAAUAAAUGUGAUUUGAUUUUGCUAAAUGCCCAUACUUCAAAA